AUGGCUGUGUGGCUAAAAAAGUGCAUCCCUUUCUUGUCCUUGUGCUUGUUAACUAUCCUUGCAGAAACUAGUUCCCUUGAUCAAUGCAAAGAAUCAAGUUGUGGUAUUCAUGGACCAACCAUCAGAUUUCCCUUCAGACUAAAAGGAAGACAACCAGAAUGGUGUGGCUAUAAUUCUUGGUUUGAUCUAUAUUGCACAGAUAGCAACGACACGGUGCUUGAACUACCAUUCUCUGCUAAGGCCUUAGUCAAAAGCAUAAACUACACAUCACAACUCAUAAGUGUGUCAUAUCCUGAAGCCUGUCUUCACAAACACAUUGCAAGUUUCGAUAUAUCUGCAUCUCCUUUUAGGUUCAACGAUGAGUUCAAACUAGACCUUUAUGCAUUAUUCAAUUGUUCAGCAGGGAUGUCUCACGGGAACACAGAUGAGAGUUAUAUAAUAACAACUGGAAACUUUUCUUGCCUCAAUGUACCUGGUUUUAAAGUUAUAGCAGCAAGUUCCACAUCACAAAUAAUCUUUGCCCCCUUAUUAUCUUGCACCAGAAUCCAAAGCCUUGUAUUAUUGCCUAAUUCUUUGUUUAACAAGAACAUUGAUGCUGGUCUAAAUUGGUUCCAACCAGAUUGCAAAAACUGUGAACGAAAAGGUGGGCAAUGCAAGGUUAAAGAAAACAAAUCUAAACACGGAUUCGAAUGUAACAGUCCCAAAGCAGGUUCAUCAAAAGGGAAAGUGCUGGCUGGUGAAAUCCUAGGCCCUUUUUUGCUUAUAUUGGUUGGAGUCACAGCAUAUUGUUUCUAUGUAGCUGGCAUGGAAAGGAAGCAUUAUAUAAGAAUCAAAAAGUUUUUGAAGGAUUACAAAGCACUUAAGCCUGCCAGAUACUCUUAUGCAGAUAUAAAGAGAAUUACAAAUCAGUUUAAGGAAGAACUGGGUCAGGGAGCUUAUGGAACUGUCUUCAAAGGAAAGCUAUCAAAUGAAAUUCAGGUAGCUGUUAAGGUCCUAAACACAUCAACAGGGAAUGGUCAAGAGUUCAUCAAUGAAAUGGAAGCAAUGUGUCAAAUUCACCAUGUCAAUGUGGCUCGCUUGGUUGGCUUUUGUGCAGAUGGACUCGGACGAGCUUUGGUGUACGAGUUUUUACCAAACGGUUCAUUGCAGAAAUUCAUAUCAUCAGCAGACAAUAAGGAUGUCUUUCUAGGUUGGGAAAUGCUACAAAAUAUUGCUCUUGGUAUAGCCAAGGGAGUUGAGUAUCUUCACCAAGGUUGUGAUAAACGAAUUCUCCAUUUUGAUAUCAAACCUCAUAAUGUAUUGCUAGACAACAAUUUCACACCAAAAAUCUCUGAUUUUGGUUUGGCCAAGCUUUGUUCCAAGGAUCAAAGUAUUGUGUCAAUGACCGCAGCUAGGGGCACUUUGGGCUACAUUGCCCCGGAGGUAUUUUCUAGGAACUUUGGCAAUGUAUCCUAUAAGUCAGACGUUUAUAGUUAUGGGAUGUUGCUGCUUGAAAUGGUUGGAGGAAGGAAGAUCACUGAUGUCACAUCAGAAAAUAGCAGCCAUGUUAAUUAUCCACAAUGGAUUUAUAAUCUUCUAGAGAACAAUGAAGACAUAAAAAUCCAUAUAGAAGAAGAAGACACUAGAGUUGCAAAGAAGCUAUCAGUUGUGGGACUUUGGUGCAUUCAGUGGCACCCAAUAAAUCGUCCAACCAUGAAAGCUGUGGUUCAAAUGCUGGAAGGAGAUGGAGAGAACCUAGAGAUGCCUCCUAAUCCUUUUGCCUCUACAUCUGCGACCAGAACAAGUGCCAGAUUUGGUACUUUACGUCUGAACCAAGAGCUUGAUGUUAUCUCGGAAAUAGAAUGA